UUGGAAAAAUGGAGAGAGUGGGCAGUGGUGUUGGCAGACACAGUGGUCACCAGCGGCAGGCACUACUGGGAAGUGACAGUUAAGCGCUCCCAGCAAUUCCGGAUAGGAGUGGCAGAUGUGGACAUAUCCCGGGAUAGCUGCAUCGGUGUUGAUGAUCGGUCCUGGGUGUUCACCUAUGCCCAGCGCAAGUGGCACACCAUGUUGGUCAAGGAGAAAACACCAGUUGAGGGCAUCGGGCAGCCAGAGAAGGUGGGACUGCUGCUAGACUAUGAGGCCCAGAAGCUGAGCCUGGUGGAUGUGAGCCGUAUCGCUGUGGUCCACACGCUACCAUCAGAUUUCCGGGGUCCAGUAGUACCUGCCUUUGCCCUUUGGGAUGGAGAGCUGCUGACCCACUCAGGGCUUGAGGUGCCUGAGGGUCUCUAG